CAUCGUCCCGGUUACGACGCCGCUCCCCGCGCCCGUUCACGCUCCUCCACGGCCUGCGACGCCCGAGACGCUGAGACGCCGACUUCCUAGAGGGGCCUCCGCGAGCUCGCCGGAACGCUCUGCGCGGGCGGGACUGUGACGCGCUUCCGGCCGCGCCGUCCCGUGGUGCGCGGUGAGGUCUCUACCGGUCCCCGGAGCGGCUCGGAAUCCCGGUGGACUCGCAGGUUUAGCCGGUGGCCCCAAACAGCCAGAGUCCCAGAGGAACCAACAUUCCUGCUCCCCACAGCCCAGUUGAGCCUGUUUCUGGAGCCUGGACGAUGACCAAGGUGGUGGGCAUGGCCACAGUUCUGGGCCCCAGGCCUCCCCGGGAGCUUGUAGGGCCUGUGGUUGUGAAGGAGGAGGAGGAGGAGGAGGAAGAGAAGGGAAAGCGCCUGCCGAGCGUGGAGAUGUUCCGCCAGCGCUUCAGGCAGUUUGGGUACCACGACACCCCUGGGCCCCGGGAGGCGCUCAGCCAGCUGCGCGUGCUCUGCUGCGAGUGGCUGAGGCCCGAGAUCCACACCAAGGAGCAGAUCCUGGAGCUGCUGGUGCUGGAGCAGUUCCUGACCAUCCUGCCCCAAGAACUCCAGGCCUGGGUGCAGGAGCACUGCCCGGAGAGCGCUGAAGAGGCCGUCUCGCUCCUGGAAGACCUGGAGCAGGAACUGGAUGAGCCAGGACUGCAGGUCUCAACUUCCGCACAUGAACAGAAAAAAGUGUGGGAGACAGUGUCAUCCUCGGGAGCAGUGAAGGAGUUGCUAAACACCAUGGAGUCCCCAUCUAUGGACAACAGUGACAAGUAUGAGCCUUGGGGGCCCCUGUACAUCCAAGAGACCGGUGAGGAGCAGGAUUUCCCUCAGGACCCAAGAAAGAUCCCAGAUUACAGAUCGAGUAUCCACCAUGAGGAAUCGGCAGAUGGGCAGAAAAGUUCUGAAGAAGAAUCUCACGCAGAUGGACUCCAAAGGGAUAUCAUUCCCGUGAUUAUUACUGAUAAGCGGGAGGCCAGGUUAGGAAGGCAGUGGGUAAACCCUGGAAAGGAAAGAGGAGCAAAAGCCCCUCUUCAAGUCACAGGUGCCAAGAAAGGUCCACAAUCAGCUGCUGGCAAACCUACCCCAGGAGAGAGACGUUACAUAUGUGCCGAGUGUGGAAAAGCCUUUAGUAAUAGCUCGAAUCUCACUAAACACCGGAGAACGCACACUGGAGAGAAGCCCUAUGUCUGCACUAAAUGUGGGAAGGCUUUCAGCCACAGCUCAAACCUCACCCUUCACUACAGAACCCACUUGGUGGACCGGCCGUAUGACUGUAAGUGCGGCAAAGCCUUUGGGCAGAGCUCAGACCUCCUCAAGCAUCAGAGAAUGCACACUGAAGAGGCACCCUAUCAGUGUAAAGAUUGCGGGAAGGCUUUCAGUGGGAAAGGCAGCCUCAUCCGACACUACCGAAUCCACACUGGGGAGAAGCCGUACCAGUGUAACGAGUGUGGGAAGAGCUUUAGUCAGCACGCAGGUCUCAGUUCCCAUCAGCGACUGCACACUGGAGAGAAGCCAUAUAAAUGCAAGGAGUGUGGGAAAGCCUUCAACCACAGCUCAAACUUCAAUAAGCAUCACAGAAUCCACACUGGAGAAAAGCCCUAUUGGUGUAACCACUGUGGGAAAACCUUCUGUAGCAAAUCAAAUCUUUCCAAACACCAGAGAGUCCACACGGGAGAGGGAGAAGGGCCGUAGCCGUCAGGGAUGCACUCCUGUUCUUGUGUGUUUGGCUGUUUAUAUAUUCCUGUUUGUUUUGUUUUGUUUUUUAUCUUUAGAAUGUGAAUGCUAGAGAGAUGUACUGUAACACUGUGUCAGCCCUGAGAUAGAUUUGCUUCACUUAACCUCUAGAGAUGCCGAGAGAGAGAGAGCUGUACAGUUGGCAUGAGGCCCUUAAACAGUAUUAGUGGGUCCUUGGCUGCCAGCUCAAGGCAGAGCCCCCUCCCCACACUUGCAGACCCCAGAAAUCCAGGCUGGCAUUGCCUUCUGCAUAGUUAAGCUGAUGUGUAUCCAUUGUAAUUAUGAAAGGAACAUUAAAACUGUUUUAACUAUUGGAACAUAUUCAAAAGUUAAAAUUUGUUUUAAAAAAAAUUGAGCCACAUUCAACACAAUUUAAUUGAAUUCAGAAUAAAGUUUUUAAAAUCUCA